ACUUAUAUUCCCCUGGCCUGAACGACAUCAGGAGUGUUGUUUUGACUGCGAGGCUGACACGACGCAAUGGUUACUCGACUCUACGAAGAGCUCCGCGAUUUUUGGAAAAACUCAGGGAACUCGGAAUCAAUGCCACUGAGGAAUAGUUGUGCAUUGUGUCCACUUAAAAUCAUCAAUUGUAAUGGCACAGGAGACUGGUCCUUUAGUGAUGCAACGUUAGAAUAUACUACACGAGAUGGCUGUUUGCUGGAACAGUGGUUUUUGAGUGGUAUUAAUUGGGUCACUGCAGCGCUAUCACACCGAGGGAAAAAUGAAAUGAACCAUGUUCAAAAAAAGGCAUUUGAUAGUCUUCUGAAAUAUGUUGGUGAUAUAGAUAAACACCAGAAAUGUCUUUCGAUUUUAUGGAAUCGUAAAAUCAAAACAGAAUCUGAGAUUGUUGGAAUAUUAGCACAUCAUUUAUUUGGACCUCUUGUGGAUGGAGUUAAUAUAAUUGAAGGCAAAUCUAGGAAAUCGUUUUGUUGUAAAGCAGAUUUAAAAGUUGGAAAUACAUCAUUUGGCAACAAAGCAGUUUGGCAUGGAAAUGCAGAUAUUGUGGUUAGACAUAGUAUUGUGGAAGUUAAUACAACAGAAGAAGAUACUGGUGCAUGUGGUGAUGAAACGUACCCGGAGGAGAAAGACCUGGCAGAAGGGAGUGGUGAACUAGGACAAAUGAGCUUAAAUGAAAGUGAUUUGGAGGGGCAUGAAGAUGAGUGCUCCACGUCAGUUUUAGGGCAUGGUUGGUCAAGCAUUAUUGAGCUCAAGCUUCAAACAGCACCAAAGAAAAAAAUGCUGUCUCAAGUUCUUGCUCAGACAAUAGUCAAUGCAUUCUGUAAUGCUAAAAAGAACAAUUCUUUAUCAAAUUUAUUCAUUCCAUCAUUUUUAGUAAAAGGAUCAGAAGUUUCCUUUCAUAUGUACAAUUGUGAUCAGGACAAAUUGCUGACUAGUGAACCGCAAAUGUUAUGCAGAGAAGAUGAUGUAGAUGUAUAUAAAUUAAAUAUUAAUACUAUUUUAUACAUUUGGAUAGCAUUGCAUUUUGACAUAUUUGACUCAAAAGUUGAAGAGAAAUUACAGGAAAAUUUUCCCUGUUCCAACUUCAAAGCCAUUGUGGGUAGUAAAUAUCAAAUAUAUAAAGAAAAAAUAACACGCCCUUUGCAUAUUUUUGAUAACAUGAAAAUACAAUCUAAACAAUUUACGAUAGACCCAUUCUUAAUAGUGCCAAGCCGAUUUGUUGAGGAAUAUAAGGAGCUUACAAAGGAUUUAGUAGCUCAAUUCGAAAGUGAUGGUGAUUAAAUUCUAGAUAGGGAGAUGCAGUUACAAAUCAUACCGGGUUUACAUUUUCCACUUACAGAGCACAUAAAUUUGCCAAGGUCUAAUUCCUCAGUGAAGUACGUUUUUAACUAGAAAUUCACCAAUGUGAACCAAGUUUGAUCACAACACUCCGUAGAUGAGUUCCUUUCAUUAUUAUGAAAUAAUAAAAUACUAGAAAGUAAAAUUAUGUCCUGUGAUCUGCAUCCAAUCCGAGAUUACCACCGGCAGGGAAGAUACUUUUACAUAGGUGUCUUAAUUGAACUGUCGAAGAGCUAUGCUCCAAGUGAGCGAUAAAGGCUCUCGUGAGCCUCUUGUUCAAAACUGUCAAGUAUUCAAUACUGAAUGUUUGCGUGAACAACGUGCAUGAUGUUGUUUUUUUUAUUGUUUUUUUUACUGAUCGCACAUGUCGACAAUAAAAGAUGCAGUUUACUUAA